UACCAUCAGAUACAGAGCGAAAAGAGGAAAAAUAUUUACCAAUUCUGUAUCCAAUCCAACCUACGUGCGUUUAAAAACAACUACGAUAUUUGCUCACACAACCGGUCAGACAACAUAAAAGCUUACAAAGCAACGCCUACGCACAGAAAAUGUAUCAUGGACUUCUCAAAGGCACCCAAUCCACGAAAACUGCAACUCUGCCGUACAUACUUCUAUGCUGGAUUUGCCCUUCUGCCCUUCGUGUGGGCCAUCAAUGUUUGCUGGUGCUUUGAGGAGGCAUUCCGCAAACCCCCUUUCCCGGAACAGAGCCAAAUAAAACGAUUUGUCAUAUAUUCCGCAGUGGGAACGCUUUUGUGGAUCGUUGCGCUCAUAGCUUGGAUCAUCAUAUUCCAGACGAAUCGCACCGCCUGGGGCGCAACCGCCGACUACAUGAGCUUCAUGAUUCCGCUAGGCAGUGCAUGAGAAAAUGGCCAAGAACUUUAGGCAUAAGUAACUUAUGAAAUUAUUUACGUAU